AUGAUCAGCAAUCCCAAACCACAAACCAAGGUCAACGUACUGGUCGGUCUGCCGCCUUUAGAUGCAGAUGAGCAGAACAAGAAGGAUGAGAUCUACGAGAAGUUGAGCUACGGCGGAUGCGCUCCGGAAGUGUCACUCUUCAACGCCAACGGAGACCGGGUUGGCUACAGCAAGAACAAGAAAUGCAAGCAGGUCAUUAGCCAGAACAGUCCAACCGACAUCUGGGCCGACUACAUCAAGCCAGGCGAAACGGAGAAAGCCGAGUACAUCACCGUAUCCGCAUCUGGAACCGACGCUAUCUGCAUCUCAGCUAUAGCAGUCACAUACCCCACUAGCAGCGACACUUACGCUUUCCUCCCCGGCGAGGUAGCUGCCAUAUGCAACACGCACAACCCAGACUACAAGUACUCCUGGUCCCCAUCCGCGACACAGAUCCAGUUCAAGUCCGAAUCCGGGCAGACCCAAGACGGGCGACCGAAAUGCCUGUGGAUCGACAAGCCCGACGACGACGGGGACUCAGCGACCCACUACGAAGGAUUCCAAGUUCAUCUUCCCGACUUCAAGCUCGACAACACUACCUUCCAUGGAUGGCAAGAAGACCCCUCACAAAUGUGCGACUCGCUGGCGCGAUUUGGCUCAUACGAUAGGCUCGACCCAAUGCUCUGCCCAGAGAUCUUCAGUCCAGCGCCAGCUAAAGGUGCAAGUCUUCCUUUGGAUACCGUCUCGGCAUGUAUACCGGCUGCAAAAGACAGCACGACAGACCCUCACAUCUGCGAGGACGACAGUUUCACGUACCAGCAACGAAAGGCCCUCAUGCCCGCCUGGGCCGGAAAAGCGUCGGUCGCUUCUAAGAUCGCGAUCUUCUUCAUCUUACUGGCCAUUUCCCCAUACUCCCAAAUCGAAAUAUCGGCGCACUUCACCCGAUCAUCCGCUCCAGAGGCAGUUCGAUGGAGUACUAGUCAAGAGUCAAGACGUCACGCAAAGUGCAGUGGAGAUCUGCCAAAGCACUGGUAG